CUUAUCGUUACAUCUCGACCAUUCACUUUUUGCUUUACAUCGACCGGGAUUGUUCCAGUCCUGUCUAGACGAAUUCAUACGCGCCUCGGCGGCGGUUGUCGACUCGACUGGAGUUCGAAUUGAUGACAAGAUGGCGCCUGAUCCAGCUUCAUUAGACCAUAAAGAGUCUCAGGAAACUCUCGUCUCUUUAGCAGAACUAGAUCCCUCUCCCAUAGACUCGCCCGAAGAAGACCUGUCAGAACAGCUCGAAGGCUUGUCGUCGGCUACAAUACCGCCGUCGCGGGCCACGGCAUCGUCGCCGGGCCUCGGCAGUAGCGGUCAUGGACCAAUAUUCUACUUAACCCGCAUUCAGCGCUACUCGAGCUAUACAUUCACAUUCUUCGCCGGCCUUCAUUUUGCCAACACGUCCUUGAUACCCCUCAUUUACCGUUCCGUGCCCUACUCGGAGCCCUUCCUUCUUAUGACCCGCGAACUAUACCAAACACGUCUGACAGAGCCUCUACUCGUUGGGUUUCCCAUACUCGCCCACGUAGCUUCCGGUUUCACUAUCCGUCUCCUUCGACGGAGCCAGAAUAAGAAGCGGUACCAUGGGGAUUCAAGUCCCAGCUUCUGGGAAUUGGCACGAUCCAAGGCCUCUUUGUCCUCAUCCUCUACCUCGCAUAGCUCCUUCUCCCGUAUAUGGCCAUCCUUCAACAAUAUAGCAGCAUCGGGCUAUGUUUUUUCGGUUCUCAUCACGUCGCACAUAGCCAUGAACCGAGUCCUACCCCUUAUUGUCGAUGGAGACAGCAGUAAUAUCGGUCUCGCAUAUGUAGCUCACGGCUUCGCGCGGCAUGCGCCGUCGGCUUAUAUCGCCUAUGCGCUCCUAUUGUUUGUUGGGUCUGGGCACAUGGUCUGGGGAAUGGCGAGAUGGCUUAAUCUGGCACCGCCUGCGAACUGGAAGAAAAUCACAUUUGAUAAGCCUACGAGAAGCCGCCGCCGCCGUGCUUGGUGGACAAUUAAUGCUAUUGUUGUUUCUUUUGCUGCGGUGUGGGCUGCUGGUGGUUUAGGCGUCGUCGCGCGGGCGGGACCUUCACAAGGAUGGCUGGCCACUGUUUACGACAGCAUUUACGAAUACGCUGGUCGGUAGUACUCUAUAGAGCUUUGAUAUAGGAAGUGGCUAAUAAUAGCACCGAUACGAGCAUGGCCCCGUUUACAGUUGACUUCAAUGCCAGGCAUAAUGUAAUAUUUAGCGAGACGCAUAUGGGAGGCGUGAAACACCACGAUAUUUGGCUACACAGGAUAAUGAAGGAACGUACCUCCGACGCGCGUAAUUAUAUAGCGAAUUAUCACCACGCCACCAGUCUAGACUAGACACCUAAACACUGUUUCUCCUUCAGGGAGGCUGUUCCCUGAUAGUGGUCACAGGAGUGAACUGAAGAAUUUAUUUUCUAUUGUGGAGUUAAAGUGUCUCAACCAUUGAUCUCUUUAAAAAAAAAAAACGCUAGUUUCCGGAUGUAGGUUAGAUAUAUACACGCACAUUAAGUGCAAA